AAAAAAAAAAAAAAAAAAAAAAAAUGAGUUAUAAGAAUCAAGAUGGCGAACGUAAUCAGGAUAUGAUGCCUCCACCGCCCUCCUAUGCUGCUGCCAACACAUCCUCUUCACAAUAUGCUCCAUCAUCACAACCCGCACCUCAAGAACCUUAUUAUCAAGCACAGCCUAUACCACCUAGUAGUGCCUAUGUGCCUCCAGGCAGUGGAUACCCACCACCUUCAGAAGCACCACCAUCAGGGGGACAUCGAUAUCAUCCAAACGCAGUCAUUUAUGUAGUGGAUGAUGAUCCAGAUACAUAUUCACGUAGAAAUGGCAUGCCUGUCGCUAUGAUUUGCUUUAUAUUCGGGCUGUGCACAUGGGUAGGAUAUCUAUUUGGAAUGUGCUUCAUUAGGUCGCCUGAUCCACGAGAGAGAUGGUGGGCUCGUGCUUGUAUGAUCAUGUGUUUCCUCUGGUCCCUCAUCAUCAUUUUCACAUCCAUCUUUGCUCGACCAAGAUACUAUUGAUGAACUCUUAAUCCAACAGACUUGAUGCAUUAAAAAAAAAAGCAGUUAAAUGGAAAACAAGACUACCACUUUGUACAUUUGCUCAAACGUAAUAAAAUAAAAAAAGCC